GAGUCGGCCUGUAGAAAGCUGGACUGUGGACUAUCCUCUUUACUCCGGUCGGUGCGCUCGAGUAGAAGUGGGAAUGUGCUGUUACCAACUUAUAUAGGUUUAUUUUAUAUUUUCUUUGGAAAAGGCAACUGGUGGAGAAGUGUCCCCCUUGACGUGCUUUUACUUGGAGUGGCUUCCUGCGUCGGUGAAAGUCCACUUAGAGCAUCAUAGAAGAAAACCGUGUGUCAUGGCUGCUGCCCUGCAGAGAUGCAGGAAUUCCCCAUCGUAGCGCAAACACCGUACGAUACUCAGGCCGAGCCCCAGAGAACGGCCAGGAUGACCACCUCGCACAUGAACGGCCACGUCACAGAGUCGGAUGCCGAGGGGGGCGGCGGAGGCCCGGCGGAGGCCAUGGAGGAGUCUCAGUGGCACAGGGAGAUGCCCGUGGACUGCCCCAGCGAUCUGGGGGCGCGCACCCUGCCCGUGAGACGCAGCGCACAGCUGGAGAGGAUCCGCCAGCAGCAGGAGGACAUGAGGAGGAGGAGAAAGGAGGAAGAAGGGCGCAGCAAGCAAGAGCUGGAUGUCAAUUCCUCCAUCCGCCUCAAGAAGUUGUCUCAGAAUUCUAAAAUCGGCAUCGACAACCCUACGUUUGAUCCGAUUGAGGGGCCUGGUGGCACUUUGGGGCAAUUGCAAGGUCUGGGAGGAGCCCCUACAUUGCUGGAUCUCGAGGACCUGCUGAUGUCCCUGAAGCAGGUGCAGCACUGCCUGGGCGACGCCCAGAGCCAGGAGGAUGUGGAGCUGGUACUGCAGCUGGUGCAGAAGACGGACUUCCAGAAGGCCUUCAGCAUCCAUAAUGCCGUAGCGCAGCACAUGAACCAGGCCAGCCCACCUUACCCCAUCAUGGGCGGUGCUCAGGCCCUCCUGCAGGAGGUCUUGGCUAUGGUGCAAUCCAGCCCGCAGAAGGAGAGCCAGGAGCUUAAUGCCCUGCUGACCUCCCCGCACCUGCAGGCUUUGAUGCUGGCUCACGACGGCGUGGCGGAGCAAGAGAUGACGCUGGAGCCCAGCAGUCCCACCGAGAAGCACGCGGAGAUCCUCACGCAGUACGGGGGCGAGACGGUGAAGAUCGUGCACCUGGAGAAGGCCAGGGACAUCCCCCUGGGCGCCACUGUACGCAACGACAUGGACAGCGUGAUCAUCAGCCGUAUUGUGAAAGGCGGGGCAGCAGAGCGCAGUGGCCUGCUCCACGAAGGAGACGAGAUCCUGGAGAUCAACGGCAUCGAGAUCCGCGGGAAAGAUGUGAACGAGGUCUUCGACAUUCUAGCAGAAAUGCACGGCAUGUUGACCUUUGUCCUCAUUCCCAGUCUGCAGACGAAGCCCCCACCCCACAAGGAGACGGUGGUUCACGUCAAGGCCCACUUCGACUAUGACCCCUCGGAUGACCCCUACGUGCCGUGCCGGGAGCUGGGGCUCUGCUUCCAGAAAGGGGACAUUCUGCACAUUAUCAGCCAGGACGACCCUAACUGGUGGCAGGCUUAUCGGGACGGUGAUGAGGACAAUCAGCCGCUCGCCGGGCUGGUUCCAGGUAAGAGCUUCCAGCAACAGAGGGAAGCCAUGAAGCUGACGAUAGAGGAAGAUAAGGAGCCAGAGAAGUCUGGGAAGCUCUGGUGUGCUAAAAAGAAUAAGAAGAAAAGGAAGAAAAUCUUGUUCAAUGCCCACAAAAAUGAUGACUAUGACAAUGAGGAGAUCCUCACCUAUGAGGAGAUGGCGUUGUAUCACCAGCCGGCCAAUCGCAAGCGGCCCAUUGCCCUCAUCGGCCCUCCCAACUGCGGACAGAACGAAAUGCGACAGCGACUACUGUCCAGUGAGCCUGAAAGAUUCGGCAACGCCGUUCCCCACACGACUCGGAAUAGGAGAGACGUGGAGUUCAACGGCAGGGACUAUCACUUCGUGUCGCGACAGGCCUUCGAGGCGGAUGUGGCCGCCGGCAAGUUCAUUGAAUCUGGCGAGUUCGAGAAAAACCUCUAUGGCACCAGCAUCGACUCUGUCCGGCAGCUGAUCAACACCGGCAAGAUCUGCGUGCUGUGUGUACACACACAGUCCUUGAAGGUGUUGCGUAGCUCCGACCUCAAGCCCUACAUCAUCUUCAUCGCCCCGCCUUCUCAGGAGCGACUGCGGGCCCUCUUGGCCAAGGACAACAAAAACCCUAAGCCAGAGGAGCUAAGGGACAUCAUUGAGAAGGCCCGGGAAAUGGAGCAGAACUUUGGGCACCUGUUUGAUGCCGCCAUCGUGAAUGCUGACCAGGACAAAGCCUACCAAGAGCUCCUACGCCUCAUCAACAAGCUGGACACAGAGCCGCAGUGGGUACCCUCCUCGUGGCUGCGCUGAGACCCCUCCCACUCCGGAAAACCCUGCUGUAGAGCCAAGUACCUGCACCCCUGUGCCCCCAUUUGGGGAAUUUAACUGCUGAACCUGUCUGGAUCUCUUUCAAUAGCUCCACCUUCUGGAUAAUUUUGGAAUAAUGUAUUUAGUUUACACCUGACACAACUGUCCUUCCCUUGCACAUUUUAGACUAUUUUGUAUUCUAAUCAGAUGUUCCCCCCCUUCUGUUUUAUGCUUUUAUUUUCCCCUUAAUUUAACUAUCAACAUUCCAAAUAUUUAGCACUUGGUGACAGAUGUAUCUGCUGCUGUCGUGUACUGCUAUCCUGAAAUAUUUAUAAUUGUAAAUAUAUAUUUUUAUGAAGUUUGAGUAAGCAGUAAUAGAGAGUGUAUGUUUAGGGAAUCACACUACACACAGAGCCAUGUGUCUUCAGUCGAGAUCAAAAGCAAUUAUUACCUUGAAGCGAUGGAUGUCUGUCAGGUGUUUUUUGUUUAAUAUUUUUCACUUGCAUGUUUGAAGGAUGCCGUCUAGCUGGGGGGCUUGGGUGAGACUCAUUCACUGUCCGAGUGCUGAAAGGGAUUCAUGUCUUUAAAAAUGCUUGAGACAAGCUUGAUUACUGAAGAGCCCGUCUCAGUGAUGGUUCCGCCUGUGUUCAUUAGUGUCUGCUCGUACCCUCCUUUCCACUUUGGCUGUAACAUCGGGCAGCUCUUAAUAUUCCGUCAAUUUUCGAAAAGAGAACAGAAAAAGCAGCGAAUGAAUACAGUUACAGCUGGAGUGUGAAACUGAAGAAGCAAUAAUUCUGUGUUUCUGUAUUAGUAUUUGAGUGCUUCUUGGACCUGGCAGAAGUAUAAUAAGCAGUAUUGUAGAAAUCUAUUUCCAGAUGACAUCAGAGUUAAUCGGUGAAAUGAGAGUUAAUCAGUCUAUUGGUGAUGUUUCCCCUAGCAAUGCGUUAGCCUUUAGAGUGCAUCAAAUGAUAUUAGGAGUCUAUUAGGAUGUUUUUAAAGUCACUUAUCCAGAUUUCAGUUACUUCCCCUUUUCAAGCUGAGUGAUAUACAACUUUAAAAUGAGAAACGUAAUUUGGAAGUUGUGUAUUUUGAUUUGAAGAGUACAUAUGUACACAAGCAGUUUUGUGAAUGUAUGUGGGGGGGGGGGAGAAAAUUGCGUUGGUGAGCUCUCGCGUGCGUGUUUGCGUGCAUGUGUGCUUGUGUACAUACCAGUACCGGCUGCUGAGGGACAGUGGUGCUGUGGUGUACUUUAGCUUGGGGCGGACUUUCCGUCAUUCUCAGCGCAUUUGUACGAAUGUGGUACCCAUGACGUUAUGUUAUGGCGGAGUGAUACUGUAGACCAGUGGUAGGCAGGCCUGAUUCUGUACUGUUAGGCACCUGUGUUUUGUUUCUGUAAAAUUCUGACUUGGAUCAAUUACAUUUGUUAUGCUGAUGUGUGUCCAUGUAAACUGUAAAUCAGGCGCGUUAGACUUAUGCAGGUUUGAAACGUCCUCAUUAGCUACACGGUUUUGACAUUUUCAAUUUUGAAUUGCAAAAAAAAGCAACACGUCACUAAUACAGUUAGGGAUGUGUGUUAAAAUGAAACCCUGCAUAGGUCCCCUAGGUUGUUUGUCACUCCUGGCUUGAAGUUUUGAUGGACUCUUGCUGGUUUUCUAUGUAAGUAUGGCUGGGCUAGUCCACGUGUAGAAGGUAUCCUACAUGCAUUGAUGUAUAAAUCUUAUAUCUUCCUGUACAAAUUGCACCACUAGGCUGUCUUUUUUUUUUUUUUCUUGCCCCACCCCCAUCUUCCUCCCUGUCCAUGGUGGAAUCACUGGCCUCCCAGGGAAGGAGGGAGGCGUUCAGUCCCUGCCUGUAUGUGAUGUAGAUAUGAGCCAUUUAACUGGAAGUAGAACUAAUGAAUGUAAAGAACUGUAUUAAAUCACUGCUCCUUUUUUUUGUAUGAAGUAAAUUAAAGACCAGAAUGAUAGUCCUUCA